GAAGCCAAACGCAGCACGAUUCUAGCUCGUCGCGGGCCCCCCGGUCCCCGCCAUAGGGCUCCGCAAUCCAACAAUCUGCUCGACCCGUAUUCGCCACAGCAGUACUCCUCGCCGUCAUCGAACUCUUACCCGUACUCGCCCACGACGGAGCAGAAACCGUUCAUCGGAGGUGCGUAUCAGACAGGCGAGCAGAAGCCGUUUGCGGGGGGUGGCUACCAGACGACGGACCAGAAACCGUUCGCCACGAGCGGUUACCAAUCACAAACCCAUUCGCGCUCGCACUCGCAGGUCAAGCGGGAGGCGGUCUCGCCGCCAGUACCCGCAUACUCGCCACAGUCGGGUGGUCCGCCUUCCCUCUACUCGGGCGGCUACUCUACGGAUACCACAAGUCCUGCGCCCUCCAACAAUAGUCUCUCAGCGCAACGGCAUCCUCGCCAGACGUCCGUGUCGCAACCGGCGACGCCUUUGUCGUUCAGUCACUCUCCGCACGGCUCGGCCCAGUUUUUCGCACAAGAACACCAACCUAUGACCGUGGAACCACCACCGCCGAAGCGCAGAGCGUCUGGCCUGAGACGUAUACGUGAUCAACGGGAGUUGAGGCCAUUCAUUCCCCAGCCGGUUGGACGACGAGUAGACGCCAGCGGGACCGUGAUGACCCCAUUGAAGCAGCUGACGACAAAUAUCGUCGAGACGUACCACAUCUGCAACCCGCAGUUCAAGUACGAGUCGACACAUAACCCUCGUCGCGUUCUCACGAAGCCGAGCAAACCGGUGCACAAUGACGGAUACGACAACGAAGAUUACGAUUACAUCCUCUAUGUGAACGACUGGCUGGGCACGGACGACGGUCACAAGUGCGUCUAUCUGCCAAUGUCCGGCGCGGAAAUGGCUUAA